UUGACUACGCCCCUGACCAGUGAAUAAUCAGUCAUUUUUAGUUUGAAUAGAAGAAACAUAUUUCCAUAAACUAAUUCCAAUAAUUUGUGUGUCUGCUAUCAAAACAGCGAAAACUGGAGUCUAAAGUGGCGGACGAAAUGUCGGGUGAUCAGAAAACUGUUAUCAAAGGUGGUCCAUCGCAGUAUGUAAAGCUAAAUGUUGGUGGUCACUUGUUCUAUACAACCAUUGGUACCUUGACGAAGACAGAGAACACAAUGUUGAAAGCAAUGUUCGGGGGUGGUAUGGAAGUGUUAACUGACUCUGAAGGAUGGAUAUUGAUCGAUCGCUGUGGUAAGCAUUUCGGAGUCAUUCUGAAUUUCUUACGUGACGGAAGCGUUGCACUGCCAGAAUCAUCCCGGGGCAUUUCGGAACUGCAUGCCGAGGCGAAAUACUAUUGCAUUUUGGACUUGGCCGAUUUCUGUGACAGGGCCCUACAAAAUAAGCAAAAGGAACCCGAACCGAUCUGCCGCGUACCGUUGAUAACAUCGCAGAAAGAGGAGCAAUUACUGAUAAGUUCGUCGCAGAAGCCGGUGGUCAAGUUGCUUAUUAACCGGCACAACAACAAGUAUUCGUAUACGCACACAUCUGACGACAAUCUGUUGAAAAACAUUGAACUGUUUGACAAAUUAUCGCUGCGAUUUAGUGGACGAAUUUUAUUCAUAAAGGAUGUGAUUGGAUCGAGUGAAAUAUGUUGUUGGUCGUACUAUGGAAAUGGAAGGCGGGUGGCAGAAGUGUGCUGCACAAGCAUCGUAUAUGCGGCUACCCAAAAGCACACAAAAGUUGAAUUUCCCGAAGCUCGAAUCUACGAAGAGACACUGCAAAUUUUGCUGUACGAAGACCGUAAUAUUCCGGAUCAAGAAUUGUUGCAAGCCACAGCAUCGGUACGAGGCAUUGGAACGGGCAUUUCGACAUACACUAGCGACGAGGAAGAGGUUCCGUUAGCACUGCGUUUGAAGCACAGCAACUCGUGAUACGGACGCCAGUUUAUUGUUACACGAUUUUUGCCAAAGAAAAAAUAAUUUAUUUAAGAUGAUGGUAUGAGAUCAGCUAAAGACAAAUAAUCACAGGCGCGGUGCGCUUCUUCUAUGAUGGCUACUACUAACAUAUCUGAAACAGUAUCAAUUUGACGAGAGGAUAAAAUGAAAUAUGCAUAAAGACAAUCCGGUUUUUUUUUAUCAUAAAUGGAAAACAAAAUGACAGUCAACAGUUUCAAGCUUCAAAGCUUUUACAAUACGAACGGAAAAUAAGAAAAUUUAAUAAAUGUAACAGGAAAUAAUCAAA